AUGAGAAUUGUAUUAUUAGUUCUAUUGAGCAUGGUAUUAUUGAUAUAGGAUGUUAGGCAUUUUGUAAAAUGGGGACAGAUCCAAAGAUUGUGUUGGCAGAAAUAGAUGACCAUCAUAUGGGUAAAACAUUCUUGAAUGCCAUCCAAAUUAGUUUGGCAACAGGUUCACCUGUACAUGAAAUUUAGAGCUACAUAAACAAUAUUAGGUAUAAAAUAAUCAUGACCGUAGAUUUAUGUUGGAACAAGAAUAAAAGGAUGCUGAUCUCUAUAUUCAAAGCACAUAGGCAUCAUGCAAUAGAUUGUUACAUGAUUUUUCAACAAAUUUAGCUUAUCAUUAGAGUUAAUUGAAGGCUCAUUAGAAAAUAGUUGAGGUUAAUCAUAUAUCAAUAAAUUAGGAAAAUACAAAUAAUCUUUAGAGAUCUCUUAAUAAGAUUGCAGAGGUCUCAGUUGAAAUUGAGGAGAACAACAAGAAAACAAAUGCGGGGUAGAGCGAAAGAGAUUUACAAUAUGCUGAAUUUUAAUCUAAAAUCAAAGAUCAUACAGAAGCAAUUGCUGCAAUUGAUGAAGCAUAUGCAUUGAUUGAACAUUUAUCAAGUGGAUCAUCCUUUAUUUAAGUGAAAGGAAGAUUUAACAAAGUCUUGUAGAGAUUAUAGAAGUAAAGUAUUAUCUAAUUCAAUUAGUUAAUCAACUGGAUUAUUAUUUUAACCAAUACUAACUAUGAUGACUUAAUUAUCAUCAAAAUCUGAUUCCGACACUGCAAAGAAAGUUCUAUAAUUGUUGGCCAACUUAAGAGUUCAAAUUGUUGAAAGCAAAGGAAAUGAUGAAUCUAUAGAGAAAUAAUAAAGUCUAAAUUGGUAAUAGUUCUUAGCAGAUUUAACAAAUGAGAAAAACACUUUGUAAUUCUAUUCACUAUUCUUAUAAUAGGUCAGAUCAAAGAUAAAAUUUAGAAUAAGCUAUUUUAAAUUAUUAGAGUAUUAUUGAAGAAUCAGAAGGCAAAGUUGAGUAUCAUGCUGCUGAAGUUGAAAGAAACUAAGUAAUAAGUAAUUUAAAUUAAAGAGUAACUUGGAAGGAUAAGACUAAUGGUGUAGAUAAUAACAAGACAUAUAUUAGAUGGAAACCUAAUCCAGAGUUUAGAGUUAAGAUUUAAUUUCCAGAAUUUCAGAUCACAUUUAGGAUAAAAUUGUAACUCUUAAAGAAUAUUUAAGAGAAAGACUUCAGUUAAAUUGA